AAAAGGGUAAUAAGUGGUUUCUCGGCUGCCCUUUGAAAGCUAGAGUAGUCAUCAGCGGAAGCGCUCUCUAAAACCCCUAGUCUCGCAUCUCUCUUUCAUUUUGCCUGAAGCCAUGUCAAGGAGAAAGGUUAGGGAGCCCAAGGAGGAGAAUACUACCCUUGGACCUGCUGUGCGAGAGGGUGAACAUGUUUUUGGGGUUGCUCACAUUUUUGCCUCAUUUAAUGACACAUUUAUCCAUGUGACUGAUUUGUCUGGAAGGGAAACAAUGGUUCGCAUCACUGGUGGUAUGAAGGUGAAAGCUGAUAGGGAUGAGUCUUCCCCGUAUGCAGCCAUGCUUGCAGCACAAGAUGUCGCUCAACGCUGCAAGGAGUUGGGUAUUACUGCCCUUCAUAUAAAGCUUCGAGCUACUGGAGGGAACAAAACCAAGACACCUGGUCCGGGUGCCCAGUCAGCACUUAGAGCCCUUGCUCGUUCAGGCAUGAAAAUUGGACGCAUAGAGGAUGUUACCCCCAUUCCCACCGACAGUACCCGUAGAAAGGGUGGCAGACGUGGAAGAAGGCUGUGAUUCUUUGCUUCAUAUCUGUUACUCAGUUGCUGCUGCUGCAAUGCUUGGAGUCUUCUUUCUUUUUUAAAACAAUUUUCAGUUUAGAUUCAAACUUGCUUUGCCAGUUCUCGAGUUGCAAAUUUGUAGUUCCAGAAUGGGUUUUGAUAUUAAUUGACAGAGACAAAAGUUGUGGAACUCUUUCGUUGUUGGUUUUCCUUGUGGAGUUAUAAUGUGGGUAUGGCAGAUAAGAACGCCCUGCAUUUGUUUAA